UAACCUUGUGAAGUGACUCAUAGUGACACUAGCUGGCUGUUGUCUCUCUUCCGGGGGUGGGGAGCUAGUGUGAGAGGCCCAGGGCUCCCACUGUGAGGAGGGACGGCUCCAGGGGACACGUGGUGACCUGAGGUCUGGGGGGAGUGACCUCGGGAACACGAUGGUUUUGUCUGACGCCUCCCAGGCAGGCGGCACCGACCAGGCUGAGCACCUGGGCCGGCCCUCUGUGCCCGGGGCAGGAGAAGGCCCGCAGCCCCCCGGCCUCCCCAUCGGCCCACCCCAGGCCGGCUCAAGGCUCCGGGUUGGUUGGACGGCCACGGCAGGGUCGGUGGGUGGGGAGAUUUAAACUCAGUGCCCUGGUGGCCGAAGAAGGAGGCUGAAGAUGGGACCGGGGAGGCUGGUGCCCACGCUGGUCCUGGCGCUUGUGCUGGCCAUGGGGUCCCAGCCACAGGAACAGCUGCCCAGGGAGGCCCACAGCCUCAACUGGAACAAGUUUUCAGGGUUCUGGUACAUUCUGGCUGUUGCCUCCGAUGGCCAGGGGUUCUUGCCUGGCAGACACAGGAGGAAGCUGGGGGCAUCCACGGUGAAGGUUCACAAAGUGGCCCAGCUGAAGGUGGUCCUGGCCUUUAGGCGGUCACAGGGGUGUCAGUCAUACACGUUAAUUCUUCGGAAAGAUGGGAAGAAGGCGGUGUUCAGGAACACACGUGCGUAUGAUAGCCCGGGGCCCGGAGAGGGAGGCCGGGGAGUGAAGGGGGUGGAGGGUUUCCACGUGCUGUCCACGGACUACAGCUUCGGCGUGGUCUACCUGCGCCUGGGCCGCGCCGGCCGGACCGCCAAGAUGCUACUGUUCUUAAGCAGACGGAACACGUCCAGCUUCCCGAGCAUGAAAAGAUUCGUAGACAUAUGUGAGACUUUGGAGCUCGCCGACGGUGUGACCGUUCUUCCGAAAGACGGUAACACGUGGUCGAGAGCCCUCCCCCCCACCCCCCACCGUCCAGGUCCGCGCCAUGCCUGGCCCCGUCCGCCCUGUUAGGGUCGGCUCACCGGGGGCAGAGAGAGGAGGGGUGACAGCGGUCUCUUCCAAGCCCCGUGGGAGGCGCUCCCCUUCCACGGCCCCGUCCUGCAUCAGCACCGGGCUCGUCCUGCCGACGGGCGUGGCCAGGGGGCACCGGGCAGCCCGUCCGGUCUGGCCUCUGUGGCCGUGGCUGGAGGACCAGGGCAGUGUCCCACACCAGCACACGAGAAACCGGGGAGAGAAAGGGAACGCUCGUGGGCAGACCGGCCCCCACCGGGCAGUGCCCCCUCAGUGCCCCUGUCCCUCCACAGCCUCCUGUGCGCACACCAUCCUGCCCUGAGGGCCACCACCUUUACUUUGGGGCUCCGCUCGUGGUCCUCCGAGACCCCAGGAGCGUUCUUCGCGAUUCCGGGAGUUCUCAUCCCGCGGCUUGCUGAGAGGUGUCUGGUGACCCCAGGCCGCUGAUGGGGUGAAGUCCGAGGGCCGUGGCUCUAGCCCAAGAGGGAUCCUUGAUGAUCCUCAGGAGCUGGGGAUAGGAGGGCACGUGCUGGCCGGCAGGGAGAGUCCGGUCCUGGCCCGUCAGCUCGUGCCCUCCAGGUUCCACGGCCGAGAGGGGCUGUCACCUCCUGUCUGCUGGGAAAUAGACCUCGGACCGGUCCAGUGUAAUCCUCGCCGCGUGUCUUCUCUGCAGUGAGUCUGUGCACUGCUCCCUGGGCUCCCCGACACCCCACACUUCCCCAGAAAGCAGCUCACUCCUUCAGGAAACACGUAGAAGCACCCGUGACACGCCAGGCACGUGCUCGCUGCUGGCGAGAGGGCAGUGAGCAAAAUAGGCAAUAGCUUAUUGGAAUUUGGGGACUGUCAGCCUCUGAGAGAGAGGGCCUCGAGCGUCCUAGAUGCCUUCUGUACAGCUGCACAAGGACUAUGCACACCAUAAUUCUUCCAGAGUCUCCACAAAGACAUUACCCUAAUGAGGUGCCUGCAGGAAGAGCUCUUGACCACCUCACACUUUCUGUGCCAGUCUCCCGGCUCGGCUCGGCUGGGAGCCUCAGCCCCACGGUCACCCAGGAGGCCAGGGCUGCAGCCUCAGCUGAGGCUCGACUGGGGCAGGGUCCGCCUCCAAGACCGCGACCGGGCACGUGCUCUUGGCAGGAUUCGGCUGGGACUGGGGGGUCUCAGGACGUCUGUGUCUCAGCCCGGGGCCUCUGCAGGUUCUUGGCCCUGGGCCUCCUGGGGCAGCUCAUGUUAUCUGCUCUUGCUUCGUCAGAGAGAGACACACACACAGACACACAGACUGACACAGAGACAGAGAAUGGACCCGGGAGAAAAGGAACCUGGAGACACCACAGGCUUUCAUGAACCACCUUGGAAGCGACACCCAUCGUUCUAUUCUCUUCCUCAGAACCGGUCACACGGGCCUUCCACCGGGGAGGAGAGGGGAUGUCACGAGGAUACAAGAGGCUGUGUUAGUAAAAGAGGGCACAUGUCGGAGACAGAGACCCUUGUUUGUGCUGUGACACCACAGCCUGACGCCAGCAGGGACACGGCUGGUCCUCCCGUGGCCCAAACAGAAACCGGGAGAUGCAGAAGGCUGGAUGGUCACACCACAGAGGGGAGAGCAUCCCUCACG